UUAUUAUAUUUAUGGUAUUCUAAUUUACUAAACAUUCACUUUUUUGUCGAAAUGCGUUAUUGUUUAUUUCAAUAUUGAUUUAUUUUAAAAUUAGUUCUGAAAUAAGGUCUAACCUAAUUACGAAACACUAAUGAAUAAACACGUGAGGAAUUGCACUCAUUUCAAACGAAUUGCCAACUUUUUUCUCUAAAAUUUACUUGACCCUCUUAAGUUGCAAGUUGCCCACUGCCAAAGCUUUGACUCUUACAGAAAGCACAAUGCCAGCUCUUGCUCCUGUGCUCUUACCAUUUACAAUACUGCCGCAAUGCAAGAACUUCCACGAAGUUCAAUCUCUCAAAGUGUGUGUCGAACAUAAUAAAACACAAAUGAGAUGCAAACGAUAAGUAAGAAUUCAGGAAACCAGCGUCAAUUGCGCUUUCUAGCGAGUGCAAGGGCUGCGUGCUGCCCGCAGCCUACACGGCGUAUGCGGAACCGAAGAGCACUCAGCGCCUGGCGAUGUGCAAGAGAGCAAGAGAGCUGCACUGUAAUGGGAGACGCAGUGGGCUGCAUGAUGGUUUAGGGUCGCUUCGGCUGCACCUGCGUACAUACAUACGUGCAUUCAUAUGUAAGAACCUACUGCCCUAAUAAACAGCAGCAAAACAACAAAGUCAAGCCUUGCAAAGUAGGCAAACACAAACUGCGUUACAUAUUUACACGCACCAUUACACACACACACAGACGCAUGCAUAGGGGUCCGCAAAUGCACUCGCGAAUGUACUAAGUUGUAAACAGUAAUUUAAAUAUAUGUAAAGGCGUGUGUGUUGCCAUGUAUAUGUGCUUGCUUGUGGCCACAUGUGUGAAGACUAAAUGAAUUGUGUUAAUUUACAAGCGCUGCUGGGCCGUUCUGCAAGGGAUAAAGCGCUUUUAUUUAUUUUUUCGAGAUUAGUAAGCGAAAAUGUGAAAAACGUGCGAAGCAAAAAGGUGAAAAAGCGCGGGGCAGCGGGGAAAAUGUGUGUUAGGUGAAGGUGUAGGUGUGGGCAGGUGGGUGUGCGUGAGCACAAGUUGAUGCAACUAAACGCUUGCAAAUAAGUUCAUAGGUUUAUGUAUAUACAUAUAUACAUACAUAUAUAAUCUUGUAUAUAGUCAGUUCUUUGGUUUCUUCUGCAUACCUCUGUGUGUGUGUGUGUGUUGUAGUGUAUGAAUAUGGCACCUAGGAAACUCGAUCGACUGUGUUGGUGUGCUGUCCAUCGCAGCGCGUUGCUUUGGCACACGAGCGACUUUUCGUAACGCUGCAAAAAUAAAAUCAAUGCUGGUUGUUAUGUGUAUAUAUGGAUGUUUGUAUGUAAGUGGAAAUACGAAGAUGAAUUCUCGUUAAACGAAAGGAAAAACGGCUGAUAGACGCGCUAUGAAAAUCGUACGGAGCAUAGAAACGGGCAUAACGGUGACAGCCACGAGCGACAAACGACGGUGAUAACGGCGACAGCACUGGUGAAAUUCUAAUGCUACAACAAUUGUGAAAAAUCAGUUUUAAUAAGAAAAAAAUAUUAAUAAAAGAGAAAUAAAUAAAUUUUGAGCCAAAAUUAAUAAACGAAAUAAAACAAAUAAAUAAUAUAAGAGUGGGCUAUAUAAUAUUGGCGAUAGGUAACGGUAAAAGAAAAUUCGUUAACGAAAGUGAAACCAAUGGAAGGUUGCUGUUUGUGUGCGUGUAUUUGGCGAGCCCCUGAAUUUUAGGCAAAGAACUACAAAAAAAAAAAAAAAGAAACUAAUGAAAGUUUUGCAGAAAUAAUUAGCAAAGAAUUUAUGAAAAAAGAAAAUUAUAUUACAUUUGAAAAGGUGAAACUUGUUUAUACUACGCAAGGAAAAAGUGUGUAGCGAUUUCAAGUUUAGUAGUCACGUGACACUGCUUGCAGCGUUAAACUCCACCACAAUUAAAGUUUAAGGAUAUUUUUCCGCCUAACGCGCGUGCUAUGUAGCGAGAAAAAAAGGAAAAUAUAUUAAAUAAGUGCUAUGCAAUAUGUAAAGCAACUACAGCAAAAAAUAUAUAUACAUAUGUUUUUAAAAAUAUAAAUAUGUACUUUAUUUCUAUAGCUUUGUUUUCUACAUAAUUAAAUAAAGGUUUGCGACAACUUUAAAUGAAAGCUCAAUGUCAUAGUUUGAAGUCAGUGUAAUUGCAACAACAAUAGAAAAGCUUAUAAAUAAAUACUAGAAAUCAGCAGCAGCAGCAACACACCGCCAAUCAAUUGCAACGAAUUACAAUAUUUUAAAACUAGAAAAAUUUUGAAAAAAAAUACAAACGGAAAUAACAAGUUUAUUAGUCAACCACUAUCAACUGACAUAACAACGGCAACAAUAACAACAAUAAGAAAUAAAAGCCAUUUUUUUGAAUCAUACGUACAAAAAAAAUUGUUUCUCUAAACCACAGCAAAAACACCAACCAACCAACAACAACAAGAAGAACAUCAACAAUAGAUUUCUACAAAAAGCGCAGCUAGAACAACAAAUAAAUAGAGGAAAAAACAAGAUUUAUAUGCACGUUUGUAAAUAAGUAUGUGUGUGUAACGGCAAGCGAAAUAGUCAAUUCACGAUUACAUAUUCGUAUACAAAUGCCUUCAAUUCUAUAUAUACGUACUACGUUUUAUAUAUAGAAGUCUUAAAGACACUAACAGCAAAGGACCAAAUAAAAGCAUCCCAUAAACGUUUGCGUGUUGCAUUUGCUUUGAGCGACGAACUCAUCACAAGAUCACAAGAUCAAAAGUAGUAAAAAGACCUCAGUGAACGUCACAGCCACCAAACAAAUCAGCCAUCACAACAAAGUCAUCAGACCAGGCAAAAUUACCAGUUACCCAAGUCCAAGUCAAUCGUGUAUACAGUGCAUCCAAAAACCAUAGCGCUGACAGUAAACAAAAGCAUAAUAAAAACGCACUCAGAUCGGAAUAACGGUGCGAGAUACGAAGCCAAUGCGUUACAGUCCAAACAAUUGACAGUAAGCCACAGUGCGAAACAGCGCAAAGUAAAUCAAGAAAAUAGAAAAGACGAAAAGCUCGGUAUUUAAGCUGUAACGCUUGAAAACAAGAGUAUCCGAAGCCGAUCUGAUCGAUCUGUGCGAUAGUUAAACGCAUCGACUGCAUUGCAUCGUCUCGCAUCGAUUUGUAAUCGAAAACAAAACAAAGCAAAAAUCACUCGUCAAAUCGUCUCGCAUUUGCAUUUCUCUGCAUCCACAAAAUUGCUUCAAGUAGCAAACAAUCAUCAUUGCGACACCACAUUGGGCAGGCCAAGGGGGCGAUUAAUUAGAAAAUUCGAAAACAAAAAACCCUCACUCACAAGCAGCUCAUAUGCGCUUACGAAGCAAAAGCGAGUUUUGAACACACAUCUUUAGGAGCGUGAGAGAGCGUGCUGUACAAUAAUAAUAAAAAUAAGAAAAACAAAACAGUCAAGCAGUCAAAGCAGAGAUCGAGCGUGUAAGGAGCGUGUAGAAGUAAAGUCAAAGUCAGUCAGAGCAGAUCGUUCCAUAGCAAGAUUGUACGCAGUUUCGAAAUCGUAUAUUCGAACGGUGAAUAGAAAAGUUGGAAAAGACCAAAAUAAAUAAAAGAAAGAAAACAGCAAUCACAACAAACACCUCAGUUCAAUCAUUAGCAAUCAACCAAAUCCAAGAAAAGUUAAUAACAAAAGCAAAAAUUUGCACGUGCUAAACAAUUAUUAAGCAAAAAUAGGCGCACGUCAAAGCAAAAAGCAUUAAGACAAAAGCUAACAGUUAAAAUAAGCAGUAACGAAACCAAACCAAAAACCACCACACUCACAUACCAAAUCAUUCAAGAGCAGUUAGUAGUGCGAGUAGUAAAAAUUCAGGUUAAAAUGGCCGAAGACGCAGCUAUGGAAACAUGCCCAAGCCCCGAAAUCGGCGAUUCUAGAAAAAGGCCACUAGAUUCCGAUCCGGAAAAUGAACAAACCAAACGCUCACAUUUCAGUUCCGCUCAUACAAAAACAUUCCCAGUGUAAAAAACCAACAACAAAUACCAAUGCAUUGAAAUCUCCGCACGAGGAACAAAAGACAUACGCAAAUAACAAACACAUCAAAUUCAUGAAUUCACAUCAAAUGAAAAACAAAACGAAUGUGAUAUUUAUAAAUAAUUUCAAAAAUUUACGCUUAAUGUGAUUGAAAGUGCAUCAGAACUCGUGAAAAACACGAAAAAUCAAAAACUCAUCGCUCAGAAAAAAUAUAUUCAUCAGCAAACAGAAAACGCGAUAAACUCAUCAGUUUUACAAAAGCAAAAAAAAUAUUCAUAAAUAAAAAAACUCAAACAUAUGUGUAUCUAUGUAACCGAAACGCUCGAAGCAUUCGCGAAUAAAUCCAUAACUCUCAGCGUGUGUGUACAAUCAUAAAUAACUGCACGCACACACACAUGUACAUUUUGCGCAUAACAGUGUGUUUUACAAAUAUUCGCCAACACCAGUUUCAUUCAAUGUAUAACAACUGUAUCCGCACCUCCCGCGCAGCAAGCACAAGCCAACACAACGCGCAUCUAUUUAUUUAGUACAACAACAACAUACAGCGAUUACAACUAUUUAAGCAUUCUCAUCGAACUCACCAAAUCGCAACUGACAUUUGACAUUUAAUACAGCGAUCGAGGCAUUCAGCAACAAGAAAAAACAAAGAGCAGCAACAUCUCCAUCGGCAACUGCGUUCAACGUCACCCACAUAUCGAUACAUACAGACAUCACGGCAAGUGUGCGAAUUGACACCUACUUGCCAAGGCGCGCACCCCAGACCAGCCGAGUCAUUUAGUUGGCAGCCCAAUAACAGUUACGUCACUGCAUCUGUCAUCGCUCGCUAAUUGCGGCGUCUGAGCAAACGCAUCGCAUUGACUAGCGCUAAGUCAGUUAGUAAGUCAGUCAGUCAGUUGGCGUCAGCCUCAGUUCUCUGCAAAGACAGCAAGAAAGAACAGAGUAAAACAAAGAACACGGUCACAUCGUUGGAGUGCAGCCGAGCGAACUUUUGAGCGGUUAGCUAAUAAAGACGGAGAGCAAAAGCUGCAGACAACGAAAAGUGAACAAAAGUGUUGUUUUUAACGUUUAAGAGAAAAGUAUAAAACAACCAGAAUAGGUUUACGCAUACUCAUCUAAAGCGUAAUUGUUAGUGCAACAACCAACAACAACAACUACGUAUAUUGUUACACAACUAACUAACAACAAGUAGUGAAAUACGACAACAGCGCAUAAGAGUCUAGCGAAGACACAAACCAUUGCGGUGAAAAGUAAGUGAAAAUUGACAACAGAGCAAGCGUCUAAGACACAGAAACGCUCUAAAGAACACUGACUCCUAUUGAAAAGGAAAUAAGAGAAAAAGUGAUUACAUUUAAAACAAACAAUUUGAAGUAUUGCAACGGAGAAAUCUUCACAAGUGAGCCACGUGGCAGAGAAGCACAAAAAUACUGAAAUAUAAUAAAAGCUAUCAACAUAAUUCCGGCCAUUAGCAGCAACACUACGCCCAUUAGAAAAAGAAAACUUUACAUAUAUUUAAUUGAAAGACUGAAAGCUCAGAGAAGCCACGGUAUUAGUACCUUUUAAACGCACACAUUCGCAUACGCAUAGAGCAAGCAAAACGGCACACUUGUUGCUGCCACAGCACGCGCACAACAUGACCCAACCCAACUCACCUGCAACGCUACAGCAACAGUUGCAAGUGCAGGCGAACUGCAACGGCUCGGCAGAGAGCCUCAUGAGCAACGCCUUCGACUUGAUUGGCGGCGCGAGUGCCGCGCAGCAGUUCUUGAAUCACAUGGACUUAUAUGCGCAACAACAGCGCCAGCAACAGCAACAGUUGAACUAUCUGCAACAGCAGCAACAACAGUUGCACUCACAAUCGCUGAUGGCCAAGUCACCGUCCACGUCGCCGACCAACUUCGGCAGUGGCGGCAGCAGCAACAGCAGCAGCCACAGCAACAUCACAAUCACCACCAAUAAUUUACAUACAAACUAUAAUCAACAACAUCACCAACAACAGCAACAGCAACAACAUGUCGCCGCAGCAGCAGCGGCAGCGGUGCAACAGCAUUUAGGCAAUAAGCAUUCCAUAUCGUUGACAUCAUCGCCAAUCACAUCACCAACCAAAUCGAUACUCACACAAGUGGCUGCGGCGGCCAGCAGUGUCGGUGCUGGUGCCGUUAGCGCCACCAGUACAGCAACCACGUCGCCGCCGUCAUCGUCGCCGCCAACCAUCCUAAAUAAUUUCAAUUCACAACACCAUUUUAAUCUGCAUCACAAUAAUCACCAGAUGGAUUUACAACAACAACAACAACAGCAGCAGCAACAACUGCAGCAGCAGCUACGUGAGCGCGAAGCGGCCAACGGUGGCCUCAAUAGCAACAACAACCAAACAAACAACAACAACAGUCCAAAUGGCGAACGCCUCUCGAACGCCACCGCCAUGGGCACAAUCACGCCCACCGGCGGUCACAGCCCCAACGGUGGCGCACACCAUCAGCUCCAACAGCAACAGCAGCAGCAGCACAACCAUGCCUUGGCGCAACACCAGCAUCAUCAUCAUCAACACGGCAACAGCACAUCGCCGUUCAAGCCGCCCAGCUCAGCUUCCUGUUGGUGUUAUGGCGACUCUUCUUACCACAUGAAGAUCCUAGUGCCUGCCGUGGCCUCCGGUGCCAUCAUAGGCAAGGGUGGCGAGACAAUCGCCUCUUUGCAGAAAGACUCCGGUGCUAGAGUUAAAAUGUCCAAGUCGCACGACUUCUAUCCAGGUACUACGGAGCGCGUUUGCCUCAUCACCGGCUCCGUGGAUGGCAUUAUGUCGGUUAUGGACUUUAUUAUGGAUAAAAUACGUGAGAAGCCCGAUCUUACCACUAAGAUAAUAGACACUGACUCCAAACAGAAUCAGGAUCGUGAUAAGCAGGUGAAAAUUUUGGUGCCCAAUUCAACGGCUGGUAUGAUCAUCGGCAAGGGUGGUGCUUUCAUUAAGCAGAUCAAGGAGGAGAGCGGCUCGUAUGUGCAGAUUUCACAGAAACCUAAGGAUAUAUCGUUGCAGGAACGUUGCAUUACCAUCAUUGGCGAUAAGGAAAACAAUAAGGCCGCCUGCAAGAUGAUACUGUCCAAGAUUGUUGAGGAUCCGCAAUCCGGUACAUGCCUUAAUGUCUCAUAUGCCGAUAUUAGUGGCCCAGUUGCCAAUUUCAACCCAACUGGCUCACCUUAUGCCACCAACCAGAAUGCCAUAAAUACGAGUACCGCUUCGUUGAACUCGACUUUGGGUCAGAAUAUUGGCGGUGCAGCUACAGCUGCGGGUCUUUUAAUAAACGGCACCGGUAUCAAUCUAUCGCUGAACCUGAGCUCACCCAACCCAGCUCCGAACUUGGCGGUGGCCACACAAUUGCUUGAACACAUCAAGGUUGCUCUACGCGGCUCCGGCUACUCAGAAACCGCCACCAACGAAGUGUGCGCCGCACUUGGCGUACUCGCCAAAUAUGGCGUUUUGGGCAUGGGUGUCGGUGUACCGCAUGCCAAUGGCACCACCACACUCGGCAGUUUUCUGGGUGUUACGACGUUGGAUCAGCAGACAGCUGCCGCCGCUUCAGCAGCUACUGCCAGUAAUGUUUUCGGUGCUGUGGGUCAAGUUAAUUUGGAACAGUAUACAGCGGCAGCGGCUGCUGCUGCUGCAGCAGCUGCCAGCCGUCCGACACAGUCGCACCUGGAAGCGGCCGCCGCCGCGCAAUUCGACCCGUUCCGUCAUUUGAGCACAUCAGCCACAGCGGCACAGGCCACCACACCGGUAUCGCUGAACAACAAUAGUUUCGGCUUGACUGCUGCGACCGGUACUACGUGCACAACAGCGCAGAGCCUCAGCGCCGCAACGCAUACGCUUAGCGGCUUGAGCAAGAGUCCCACACCGGGCGAUCUGGGUGCUAAGGAUACCAAAAAUGUUGAAAUCCCAGAAGUGAUUGUUGGCGCUAUCUUAGGUCCAAAUGGUCGUAGUUUAGUUGAAAUCCAACAUGUUUCUGGCGCAAAUGUGCAAAUUUCAAAAAAGGGCAUAUUCGCACCGGGCACUAGAAAUCGAAUUGUAACAAUAACUGGUCAGCCGAAUGCCAUUGCCAAAGCGCAAUAUUUAAUUGAACAGAAAAUCACCGACGAGGAGACGAAGAGAGCGCGACAAAUUCCAUUAACCACUGUUGUGAAUUAAAGCGAAAAACCAUUUACACAAAAUAAAAAUUACAAAAAAAAAAAACAAAAAACAUAAUAAUAAAAAUAACUGAAAAAACAACAACAUAAAAUAUAACCGAAAGAACAUAUUUUAAGAGACAUUAAAAAGAAAAACAAAAAACCUAUAAUAAUAAUGCAUACAGAAGAGAGAAAAACAACAACAACCAUAACCUUAAAAUUAAAACGAAAAGUUAUAAAAUAAAUUAUAAAAUUUGUAAAUAGAAAUUAUUAAUUAAAAUGCUGAAGACGAAAAGAGCAGAGGCGAAAAAUAGUUAAAUUUGAAAAGUUGAAAAUUCAUAAAGUUUAAAAUUUCACAUCACAAAUUUAGAUGAAAGUUUUGAAAACACACAAAAAAAAUUGCCGUCAAAACCACUAAUGAUGGCAGCGUGCAAAAGCAACAAAACGCAAACAAAUUUUAAAGUAAAUAGCAAAAUACAAAAAGAGAGCAUUGUAAAUGAGAAGCGUAGAGAGAAGCGGCGCGCUGCGUACAUUGUAAUAUAUGAAAGUAGAGAUUUUAAAAGCAAGAAAUUUAGGAACAAUUUAUAUACCACAUACGAAACCAAGCGCGCGCUCAGCACGCAGAGAACAAUAACAAACAAAACAAAAACAGAAAGAACAACUGAAGUAAUUACAUAAAGCAGCCAGAGCGAGACAAACAGACAUACAUAUAUAUAGUGUAGCAAAUAAUUAGGCUGAGUUUUAUUAUAAUUUUUAAUAGCGAAAAUUUAACUAAUUAAAAACAAAAACGAAAGUAACAACAAACAAAACCAAAAGCAAACAUACACUGUUAAGUAAUGUUAACUUCGUUAAUUGUAGUUGGAAAAGUGCGAAAUAGUUAAGCUAAAAGCAAUUAUGUUAGCGCAAGUGAGAAGCAAAGUGCAGGCAAGCCAAACACCUGAGCAGACACAUACAAAUACAAAUAUAAAUACGUUUUUCACUUACUUAGCUAAAUUGUAAAAAGUUAGAGAAAUAAAAGACACAAAUUGUUUCCGCUGAAAAUAUAUUGAAAUUUAAAUUUAAACGAAAAUCCGCUCCUGUAGUUAAAAGCGAAGUUUUUUCAGAAUUAAUUGCGUUAGCUGCGUUUGGUAAAAUUGAAAUAUAAAGAAAAUAAGUAAAUAAAUUUUACACGCCUUACUAGUUGAGCGCUGCAGUAAAAAACACGCCAGAAAAAGUAUUAAGAAAGACAUUUUUGGGCACACACUAACACAUACACACGCACCUAAGCGGAUUUGUGCUUUUGAAAAGUAUUAACGAAACUUUUAAGAUAAUUUUAUUGUUUGCUGUCUAAGCCAGAAGUUAACUGAGAAGCGUAUGAGCCUAAAAAAAUAAUGAAUUAAAUUAAUUUAAAAAAAAUUUCUUUUAAUCUUGUUAAAUUAAUUAAAAAAAAAACGAUUUUUUUUAAUUUAAUUUAAAAUUAUUUUUUUUUUAAUUUAAUUUAAAAUUAAUUAAAAAAAAAAACGAUUUUUUUUAAUUUAAUUUAAAAUUAAUUUUUAAUUUAAAAAAAUUUUGAGUUUGUUUUAGAGAAGCAAAAACUAUUUUUUUUUGUUUAAAAAAGAAUUAAAAUUAAAAUUAAAAAUUUAAAAUUAUAAUUAAUUUUUUUUUAAUUAAAAUUUUUUUUUAUUUAAGUUAGUUUUAGAGAAACCAAAAACUGAUCUUUUUUAAUUUGGUUUCACUAAAACUACCUUAAAUAAAAACUUUUUUUAAUCAAAAAAAAUUAUUAUAAUUUUAAUUGUUUAAAUAAAAAUUUGAUUUCAAUUUUUUUUUAAUUUAAAAGCAAUUAGUUCUUGUUUUCUCUAAAACUAAUUUUAAAAUUAUUUUUUAAAUUAAAAAUUAAAUUUUAAUUAAUUUCAAAUUAAAUUAAAAAAAUUUUAGUUUGUGGUUUCUCUAACAUUUUGAGCGCUUUUAAUGCCGAAAAAUACACCUAAUGGCAAAAAUAAAUCUCCAAUGCUUGGUUCUAGUAAUAUGUACUAGAACUGCAAUAAGUUAUGGUGCUCAAAAUGUUAGCAACUUAAAGUCCGUUAUAUUUUGUGUGUCUAAUUUUUUACACCUUCAAUGCUAACUUUUUCGACUUUUGAGGGCUUCAGUUUUUGUUUUGUUACGUACGUUUUUGUUAUUGGAAGCUAUAUUGAAAAGCAGUUCAAACUUAACUGAAUUUGAUAACGGCUUUUUGUAUAUAAUUGCCGCAAACUUAUAAGGCGGUAUGUUAUCUAAAUAUGCAAUUAAGUUAAAAGAGUUGUUAAAAUAAUAAUUAUAAUAUUACAUUUGCGGUUAGUUUUGAUUGCUUUCAAUUAUAGCGCUUGUUAUUGUGUCUUAAGCUUUCUUGCAAUUUUAACAAAUUUUUAAUUUGUUUUGAUAUUUUUAUAGAAACAAUUAUAUUUUGUUGCUUUUGAAACGCCUGUUGAGCAUUUUCAGUGAUCUAAAAGAAUUUUCGUUUACAUGCGUUGCAAAUAAUUACACUGUUUAACAUACAAUUGUAUACAGCAUUGUUUUAAGCACUUGUGGUUUGAGUUUGAUACGAACAAGCGUUAAAAAAGACAACCUGCAGAAAGAAAAGCUAAAAAGCAAAAAAUUUUUAUAUAUGUAUACAGUACUGAAAACCACGUCAGAAAAAUCCCACGCCUGCGCCCUUCAUACAGCAUACCCAUAUUCUAGAAGGUAAAUAUUUAGCUUUAACAGUUACUUAGUAUUUUACGUGGUUGCUUUAAAAUAAUUUGCAUUAUUCUCUAAUUUUUAUUGAUCUCCCUGUUGUUUUUUUUUUAUUAUUUGCAAGCCCAUAACAACGUUUCGUUACUAAUAGAAGGCGACCAUGAACGUAUAAUGUGAAGCUUUAAGAUAAAAAGCGAAAGCUUGCUGUGAAAGCUCUUUGCGUCAAAUGCGAAUUCGGCGCUCGAAUUUGUGAUUUUCGCUUACUCCCCUAUAUAGCCUAUACGCUAGCCUUUUUACUACUUAUUUCUCUACGUUUUGCCUUCCUCUUCCCAAUUUUUGUUGCUGACAAACUAUUUGCAUAUACAUUUUGGUUUAUUGUUUAUGUUUUUUUUUUUAAUUACUGUGACUACACUCGGCGUCAUUGGCGUUUUGAUUUGUGAUAUAUGGCAACAACAAAACAACAAAAAAUGCGCGGAUGUACAUAUUGUUGUUGUCGUUGUGGCGGAUGAUACGGUGGUUGUUUGGCCGCCUUGUUGAUGGAAAGUGGUAAAAAUGUGUGGCGCGCAUUCUGAGUCUCCUUACAAUUUGAUUUUUUCGCGUUACACAUACAAAUUUUUACUUUUGCAAUUUUAAGACUAUUUAUGUUAUUUGUUUAUAUUCGAUUUGUACACAUUGUUUUUGAGUUUUAAAUUUUCGUACCGGAAAAUAUUCCCUUUUUUGAAACAUUGCCCUUGUACACACCUAGUUUACAUAAAGUGUAAGUUACAUAUUUACUAAGAAUGCUUUCAUGUCUAUUAAAUUAAUUGAAUUAUAUAUAUAUAUAUACAUUCGUAUACUUACUACAUACAUACAUACUAUUUAUGUUUUUAAGUUAUGCUACUUUUUAAUUUAAAAAAUGAGGUCAAACUAGUUAAAAACAAAAAAAAAACGUUAAUUACAUCACAAGUUGCUGUUAGCACAUUAAUUUAAUUGAAUUGUUGCUCACGCUUAGCUGAGUGCACUGUGCACUUGGCCACCAUUCAAUGGGUCGUGAGUUCGCAGCACACACAACGAAGUCAGAUCAUGAGCAAGGCAUUACUCAGGCGUAUGAAAAUUUGAUAAUUACGUGAGCUUUUCAUGAGAGUUGAUUUAACCGCGCGGAGGACGCUGUAGCUUUUAAGUUCGGUGAUUUGUCAGCUUUCAUCGUGUGCGAAAGCGCAAACUGGCGCAGCAGCUCGGCUCGGUGUAACGCCAUAUUUUUAUUAUGCUGUUUACCGUUAUAGUUGUGACACUUAAAUUAAUUAUACACUCACAUACAAAUAAACACAUAUGUAGAUUAUAUUGUUUUCAUAGCGUUCGUUACUUUUAUAUGUGUCAUUUAUUGAUUUUAUUGUUUUAGUUAAAAAGUAAUUAAUUUUAUCGAAGAAAAAAAAAAGAAGAAAAUGUGCAAUUCAGGUUUACUCUUACGUUUAGAAUUGUGUUUGUAAUUUUAAUUUCAAUAAGUUCCAAUCAAAUCUAUUUAGUCCAAUCAUAUUAGUGAUCAAAUAUGCGUAAAAAAGACAAUAAAUCAUAUGAAAAUGCAUUUUCCACACUAAAAAAAACAUUUCGAAACGACUUUAUGUAUUGAAUUUGACUUUCGAAGCGUUGCCAAUUUCAAACAUACGAAAAGUAAACAUUUUACGCAUAUUCGCACAUUAUUUCUUCAAUAACUCAAUAUUAUAUAAAAUGUCAAGAUCAUUAAACUUAAGUCCUGAAAAACUGCGAUUUUUUGUUACCUCUCUAUGUAAACACUUCGAGUCCCCCCACUUGUAUCACACGCAAUUCAUAAGUUUUUAUAUAAUUUUUCAUAGCAAUUCAUGCAAAAUUCUAGUUUAGUUUCCGUUUUCCUUAAAUGUCUUUGUAUUUUUUUCUACAAAAGAAAGCAAAAAACACCAAUAUUUUCAUACAAAAUGUAACUGUUUAGUUUUUGUUAAAACACCUAAUUUUUAAGUACUCUUCAUUUUUGUAUAAAUUGUAAUUCUUUAAGUGCAUACUAUAAAAAAUAUUAACAAAAUUAUAAGCGUAUACAUACAUUUACAUUUAUACUUUAAAUGCCUUUUUCUUUAAAUUAUGUUAAAUAAAAUAAUCAAAAAUAAAUAUUUACAUAAAUGAAAAAUCGAAAAAAUACCUUUGCGCUUUUAUUUUAAUAUUUACUGUUUUUUUUUUCUGAUUGUACAAAAUAUCAUCAACGAAAAAUCCUCAAAUCACGGGUAUCAAUCGACAAAUCAGUUUUGCGCCAUCACAUUUCCACCACUUAAAGUCACCAUGCGCAAUACCACACACCACCCACCACCACCACCAAUCACAAUUCACCACCGACACCUAAGCUCAAGUAUCAAGUAUCACCAUCACCAACACCCUCCUCAAAAAAUGUCAGUCGACAUCCGUUAGGUAUAAAGCAAUGAGAACUUACCACAAAUUUCCGCAUAAAACCGCCCGAAGUACACCACCAUGAAUAUAAAUUUAUGGUUUUUUGUAAUUUCUUCAUUUUUUGUAUUUUUUUUACGUAAAAUAUGUGCCUUUUGUGCACUUUACAUUCACCACUCGUAGGAAAAUUAUCAUUAAAUAAUAUAAAAUAUAAAAUUUGAAUCAGUUUUACAUAUUUUUUUGUUUCGUUUGCGCCGACUUUAAUUAUUUUUGCAAUUUUUUCGUUUUUUUGGUAAUCGGAUCAACGUACUUUUAAAACGCAUUAAAUUCACCACUAGUAAGAAAAUUGGAUAUAAAUAUAUACAUACAUAUAUUUAUAUACAUAUAUUCCUUUGAAUCAGUAUAUUCAUAUUUAGUAUGCAUUGUUUUUUUGUUGCGGUUGCUCUGACAUCACAAAGAAUCAUAAAUAACAAACAAAAUUUAUUUCUCACUGAAAAUGCUCAUAAGUAAAAAGAAGAAAUACAUAUAUUUAUGACACAUUUCUUUAAAUAUAAGCAUAAACAUAUAUACAUUUGUAGCGUUAAAUAGGAGCUCCAUUCAUUCACUUGAGUACAUAAAGACAUUUGUCAUUUCAAAGAACCGUUAAAAGUGAGGAAUAAACGCGAGUAUGCCUACUGGGUACAUGCUCUACACCGUACUACUACACACAUAUGUACAUGCAUACAUACAUACAUGAUUUCUAUUAACAUAUUGUAAAAGUUGCAUAAUCUAUAAAUACAAAAACAAAAAACAUAUAUAUGUACAAGUGUAAUUAUGUUGUUAUUGCUGUCAAAAUACAUACAUACAAAGCUACCUACGUAUUAUUUUGAAGUAGAAUUCGUGUAUGCGAGUCAUUGAGUCAGUCAGUUUGUUGUUUAAUGAUGUAGUAGAUAGUGCCGUUAGGGACGCAAAGCGCAGAAGUGAUCCACAAUUGUUUGUUAAACUUAAAUAAAUAUUAAACAAAAAUGAAAGGAAUAGAAAACACAUCACAAAUGGGCAAUAUGAAGCGUACGCUGGUGAGUGAAGAUAUUGCAGGUAACAAAAAUGCUUGCAAAGCGGCAUUUUGUGGUUGAAAAAUGUUGAUUUUUGUGUUGACUUGAUGCAAAUAUGAGCGAAAUUACAGACGAAGUGUCGUUAAAGAUUAUUGAGAGAGAGUACUGUAUACCAGGUAAAAGUAGGAAAAAAUAUUUGCAAUUAUUCUAUAAUGGAAUAGAUGGCUACUAAAUGUAGGCAAUAAAAGUUAUUAUACGGUAGUAUUUCAACUGAAAUUGCAAAAGCGUUGUGCGCCUGGAAGUAUGCAAUGAUUUUUGUAUACAUUGAGUAUUUUAUUUUAAUAAGCCUUAAAGUGUGUAAACUUAAAAAAAUUAAGCUUUUAGGAGCAUUGUGGUUCACUAAAGAAUUCCCAAUGACUUCGGAAAAAGCCUGUAGAAAAUCAAAUAAAGUCGGAUUUCAUAGUAUCCGAAUUUUCGAACUCAUUGCAGCAGCAAAUAAAAUCGGAUUUUAUGACUAGAAAAAUAAAUUGAAAAAAAAAUUAAUACGCAUUACCUGAUUUCCACAGCGAUAAAUACGUGUACAAAUUGGAAAUUUUGCAAAUUUGCUGAAAAACAAUGAGGCACUUUAUUUGGCGCCAAAAAGCACGCCACAGUUACUGCAUCCAGUUGCAGGUAGACAUCUUGAUAUAUUGAACUCAAACGAGAGCGUUCGGAAUAUUUGACAGAAAAUCGUGCAAAUUUCGUAAAGCUCCUAAAAAUACGACAAAAGCGCUCACAAAACUUCAACACACGAUCCACAAACUGCUGCCGCAGCAAUACGGUACGGUUUUCAAUAAAAAAAAAAACAAAAACAUGAAAUAUGAAAUAUGAAAACCAACUACAACAAUAAUGAAAAAUAUUCAAUAAAACCAGAAAGUUACGCAGCGUCGUGUUGCAGAGCAUAGUUAUUGUUUAGAAGCAGUCAUUGUUACAUACAUACAUACAUACGUACAUAUACCCUUUAAAUAUAUAUUUUAACAUUAACAAUAACAACGCGUUGUCAUAUGAGAAUCUGUGCAAUAUAAAAACACACAUACACUUAUAAAAUAAUAAUUUAAAAUAAGUAAACUAUUUGUUAAAUAUCAAUACUUUAUUAUUAUUUUUUGUUUUCGAUUUGCCUUUGCACGUUAUUUUCACUUGUUUCAAACUUUUUGCAAAGGAAACACAUGUAAAUUAGAAAGUAGUUGCUGAGAAGUGCUUUCACUAGGUAACAACAACAACACAAUGUUACAAUUAACAUUAGUAUAUGGUGAUUUUAUUGCUAGUGCGCCUGAAAGUAGGCUAGAAAAGUUUGAAAUGCAAGUUUUAUUUGAGACAAAAAUAAAAAUGAAAAAACUUAAAAAUAAUUUAUUGAAUAAGACAACUCAAUAAUGCAUCACUUGAUUGUGAUUUACUUUUUAGCAUUCACAUAAAAAUAAAUGUAGUAAUUUUUUCUGCAGCAUUGGUGCGUUUCGAAAUUUUUUCAUUGUUUACGACAAGAUCAUCUUUGCUAGGCCUUAAAAUGUAUUAAAUUCAUAAUAUUUAAUAUUGAAAACGAUUAGUAAUUAUAAAAAGUAUGUUUCAUGAUUAAUUAAGUUGUUGUUGAGUAAAGCACACACACAAUAACACAGCCUUAUACAUAUAUUUAUAUAUAAAUACACUUGUUAAUUGCCUGUAGAAAUGUGCGAGUUUUUGCAAUACACAAACAACAACACACAUUGAAAAAUAGCAAGAAAUCCGUUAAAGAAAGAAAGCAAGUAAAAAAGUAAAAGAACCAAUGCAAUAUUCAGCGAAAUUCAAAUUUAAUUAUUACCUAAUAGAAAUAGCAAUAGAAAUAGAAAAAAAAAAACUAAAGUAUCGUUGACAAAUGUAAAAUACUGUUAUGUAAAUUCAAUUCAACUUAUCAAAUACAAUUCAAUUAACUCAAUAAUAAUGUAAUGUAACAAGUAAUUAAAUCAAUACAUACCUAUAUAUAUAAGUAAUAAGUUGUAAAAGCGAAAAUAUAUAUACAUACAUACAAACAUACAUAAUUCAAUGUGAAAGUACUAAUUUUAGUAGGCAAAUUAAUUAAAAUGGUAGUUAAAAAGAUUUAUUAAAUAAAGUUUAAAAUAAUUGAAAAUUAUAAAAAAAAGAUAAUUAUAAAUAAAAAUUUAAACGAAAUUCCCGCAUUUCCCAGCAUUCCCAUUUUUGGCACACGUAGAACUACUCGCAACCUUCCAAUUCUCUCCGUUAAGCAUACCACAUAAGUACAUACAUACAUACAUAGUCAAACAUAUAUCCAUACAUGUUUGUAUACAUAGAGGAACACCGAAUUGGAUCAACAAAUGACGCAUGCGCAACCAAAUUCAAUUCCAUUUCGCAAACAACCACGAACACAUUACUUAGACUCGUAAAGACACGAGCGUAAUAAGCAAAGUCAAAAGAGGCAAGAAAAUAUUUGGUAGAAGUAAGUCUAUAGAUGAAGAAGAAGAAGUCUAUAAGCUAUAUGUGAGUGAGUCAGAAAUUAUGCUUAGCGCGGAAACCAGCGGAAAAUAGAAAUGGCUGAAGAAUAUGGUUCGGAACUGUCGGAACAUAAAAAUCAUUUUAUAUUUUCCAAAAAUCGCAAACAUAUUUGUUUAACACGUUUUUGAAGUAGGCUUGGCUUUUGGAAUGAACCAUUAAGAGAGACGACGAUCCAUUGGCCAAAUGUUUAACAUUAAUUUUUAACUCAUCAAAUGAUAGUUGGUGUUGAUAUUUUCGGCUGAUGGUACUAUGAACUUAGCAGUAUACAAAUUAAAUCAUAGUUUUCAGAAAUUUGUAACGUAACAUGCUCUUUUGCUCUUGAAAUUAGAGAUAGAGGGUUUGUGGUGGAAGUAGAACGCAUUGUUAAAUUUAAUUUCUGCAGUUACACAAACUUGUUUGAAGAAUAUUUAGGUUAGAUUCAGUUUAAGGGUAUCUGAGGCAAACUUAAAGAUAUUCGGUAGAAGAAUCCAUCACUGAGUCUGUUAAUCCAUUCAUAACAGAAACGAUUCCAUAGGGACUUCUCGCAUAACAUCGAUUUUUAUAAAAUAAUUGCUCUUUCGUCUGAUUUGAAAAUUUAAAAUACAUGUAAAUGCUCGAAGGAUUCAAUCGCUUCUCUUGUAUUCCGAUUUAGAUGCCAAAGAUACGACUCGUCUUUAGAUCGGUUAGGUUUCGUGUAUGUUGAAAAAUAUUAGCCUCUUCGCGAAAAUAUCAUUCAGUGUUAAAUAAAAAUAUAUUUCACCACAAUCGUUUGUUAGCAUAUCCUUCAAACACGUUCACACAUUCACACACACACACUCAACACACGCGCCCAUCUGCACUCGUAUAUCGGAACUCCAAAAUGCAAAGUCACAAGACAAUUCCACAUAUACACACAUUCACACAAAAAUUGCAAAAAUUAUUUCAUAAACAAGUGAUUUUAUUAUAUACAUAUACACAUAUACAUAUACAUAUGUAUGUGUGUGCGUUUUCACAGUCAACAAGAACAAGAUCAGUUACAAGUAACUACAACAACCAUACAUACUUCGCAUUCUCAUUCGCAUCUUUACAGAAUCAGCUUAAAUCAAAACAGUUCGGAACAAAGUGCAUCGGAUAAGUACAAGUGCAGGUACGAGUACGAGUAUGAGUACCAGAGUUUAACGUAAGUCAUGUCACAUUCGCUCAUAAUACAUCAAAUAUACCAAUUAUUACAGACAGAUAACGGCAAUGUUGUCCACGUGCCGUUAUAAUGCCUUAACAAUUCAGAGAAAAAAAAAACAAAAACAAAUUGUAACACAGUAAAAACAGUCGUACAUCGCCGAAUCCAGCAACGCCUCUGCAAUCACAACAAAACCACCAUCAACAAACACCACAAUCACCAAACGCCACCUUCACCAACCGUCAACUUCCAACCACCUUCAUAACCACAAACACCACCACCACCAUCAGCACCACUGUAUUCACCACUGUCACCAUCCGUAAUCAGAGAUCAUCCUCAUUUGCAUCCGAAUGAACAUCAAAAUUAUAAAUCACAUCCGAACCACUUCAACUGAGCGAGAAAUAUCCAUAAUAUGUGAAGCUCCAUCUUCAUCUAACUUGAAGUCAUAGACAAAACGAAGCAAAUAAAUUUUAAGAAGCAAAGCUAAGCUUAAUGAAAAAGAUAUAUAAGCGAAAAUGCGAAACAAAUACAAAGUUAAAGUACUGGAUCUGUGAUAUGUAAUUAAUAUAUUUAAAAGAAAUAUAAAUAUAUAUAUAUAUAUGAAAAUUAUUUAAAGACGUUGAUGAAAACGAAGCAAGAAAAGUGAUAGAAAUGAGCACGAACUCAUAAAGAAAGCCAGUAAAAGCGAAAUAUUUAUGUCGAGUGGAAGGGGUGGAGGAGUAAAGAAAAACGUGGAAGAACGGGGAGAAGGAGAGGGCGCUGAAGGUGAAGUUGUUAAAGUUGAUUACAAUAAGUAUGCGAAUGAGUAUGCGAAUGUUAAUUAAUAUGCAUCAAAUGCAGACGAUAUGCGAUAUUAUUUAAAAAAUCCAUAUAUGUAGUUAAUAAAAUAUGAAACGAAAAUACAAAAUAAAAUUAUCUUGCGAAUAAAACCAAAAGAGAAAAUUAAAUGCAAAAAUCGUUAAAACAAUGAUACUAACACACAAACAACACACCGACAAGGUAGAACCUUUGUGAAAAGCAGCGCAAAACUAAGGUGCAAUAAAAAGCAAAAACGAAAAACACAACAAACAUUAGAUUUUUGAGCGCAAAACGUGAGAGAAAUUUUAAACACAACAAAUACAAAAUUUUAAUGCUGUGAAAAGGUUCAUCUGCUAUGCGAUUCAUACACACACAUAUAACGUUGUAGAGUGCUGUAGCCAGCGUGAUUGAGCGGUUUGGUGGCCUGCAAGGAAAAAGCGUGGUAAAAGGUUUUAGGUUACAAUUACUAACUUUUGGCCAAACUUUCUGUUAGACCAAAUACCGCUAGCAUUACGACCAUUGCAAGACUAAUAAGAGCGGAUAUUUCAGUGCCACUGUUAUUAGCAGUAAUCCACGUCUUUUCCUGCAGGCUGCGCGUUUGACUUCAGCUACAUUUGAAUAGGAGCAACUGAAUUAACAACCAAAAUGUGAAAUACUUAAAGUACCUUAGCGUUUUUUGGCAUACAACACAUUACACACUACUGUACGUACUAUGCACGUGCAUACGAAUCGUGACGAAGCAUAUUUCAGUCACCGCACUACAUGGAAAUUACGAAGAAAGCAAAACAAAAAAAAAAAAAAAACAUUUACAUCAUAUAUGUUUUUUUAUAGUAAUGGAUAUGAGUAUUAAGUCAGUUCAAUAAUUCAUUGCUAGCCAGCGCCAAGCUUCAAAAUGGUUUUGAAACCUGUCUAAAUUUCUGAUUUUUGUUAGAGCAGUGUAUAAGAUUCUCUGCUUUAAUAUUGAAAGGCUGCAAGUGACUUAGGAAGCCAAGUAAAGAAACCUUUUCAAAAGUGCUGAAAAACGCUCAAUGCUCAAAAAACCUCAACGCUUGCCACUUUCGCAAGCAAAGGUUCGGUUAGGUUAAUCUGGUAGAUCAAUAAGCCACGCAAAGUACAUAUACUAUGCUCAUGAGGAGGAGUCAUCCUUCAUGAUGCCCGCGUUUGACGCGAGUUUUAACAGACUCUGUGGCCUUCCUAUUGAUACCUCCUAAAGUGUAUCAUCCCACAGGGAUUCCAGAUGCUUACAGCGUAGUCUUGCCAUUGCGGGACAAGUGCACAAGAGAUGUUUCCCUGGUGCCUUGCUGUAGACAUUUCAUGCAGGCUUUCAGAUCUGUCAGCCCCAUUCCCCGGACGUAUAUCGCCACCAGUGACAGUGACCAGUUACUAUUCUGAUCAUGUUCCUGCAGACUCUUCUAUCGAGUGCUAUUAAAAAUUUAGGACUUUAUCAACAUGUAUCUAAUUUAAUAAUCAAGGGCAUAAUUGUAAUGCAAAGUAUUUGUAUUUACGUACAUAUAUAUAAGUAUAAAGUGUAUAAAGUUUAAGAAUAAAUAGUAAAACUUUUGAAGAAACCAACUAAAUAUUAUUUGAGGGGUUAUAUCCACUUGUAAGUUCGAAAAAAUGUGUUUUUGUUAUUUUUUUUUUUUUUUUGGAGAGGCUUUUUAUUGUAUAUAUAAUAUAUGAACUUUUAGCGAAUUUAACAUAUUCUAAGAAUUCAUAUUUUUCUAAUACAAAUAUUGGAUUCAUUCCUAUAAAAGAUCUCCUAUCUGAAAUAAAAAACCAAAAGGAUUACUUUUAGGACAGAUAAAUACAGGUAAUGAUCGAAGAAAUCUUUUUUGUACGAAAAUUUACACUUUAAAGUGGCUUAAAAAUCGAAAUUUUUAUUAGAAACUUUAUUCCUUCGAUCAUCGAUCAAGCUGUUUCGGAGAAAUAUUCCUCACCGACUUUGAAAACAUCGGAGACGACUUUACAAAUUCCCUCACUACUCCGAAACUAUUUACCGGAUUACUUCGAAAUUUACAGAUAAUAUUCUGAAUUUAACCCCUUGAGCUAAAUGAGAUCAUCACGAUUCCAAAAAACAGGUUGUUCACUGUUGAAAUGAUUACGUUCUCAUCUGAUACCAAAAAAACUCUUAUUGUAAAUUUUGUUAGGUCGAAAAAUAUCAAAAAUUGACACACGUUAAUUUUUUUUUUUUGAAUUUCGACCAAAAUCGCGGUUGUUUUUAACCUCAAUGUUAAAAUUAAAUUUUUUAUUAGAUACAGAGAAUUUCUUACAGAAUAUGCAGUGAAAGUUUGAUACCUAUCGAAUCACUUGUCUCUGAGUAAUCACUGCAGCAGAUUUAAAUAAAUAAAUUAUGGAGCAAAUUGAUCUGAGCGCCUGCACUUUGGAAACAUGUAACUCAAAAACAGUUUGAAAUAUCGAUUUAAGUCUGUAAUAUGCUCUUUUUUCAAAAAAAAAAAAAUCAGUAGAGAAAGUUCAUCCAUUGCGAUAAAUAUAUCUCUAAUUUUCUUACUAGUCGGAAGUAUAUUUUAUUGUAUUUCUCUUUGUGUCAAUAAUUUUAUAUUCUUCUUGGCUUGCUUCGUCACCGAGUAGAAAUACCUAAUGAAGGGAGUGGCUUUGUUGAAGAAAUUUUAAAGCUCAAUUCCUCCAAAAAUAUAUAAAGCAUUAAAAACUUCUUGAAUCUCACAGUGCGUAUUAAUAGGUUCAAUGUUCUUGAGAGGCAAAUUUAUAGCAAAGCUUAGUGGGACAAUUGAAGAUUUUAACGAAAGAUUUUUGCGAUCCAUUUCACGUUUUUAAAAGAUCUUUUAAAACAAAAAGAGGCAUAUAGAUAUGCCUAUAUACCCAAAUUUAUUCGAAAUUUUUUGAGCUGACGACACUAGGUAUAUUCGACAAUAUCUAAAGCGGGGACGAUUGCUGUUCGUUCCCACGACAGUCGGGUCUACGUAACCGGAACGGACCCGGACAACAACUACUAUUUAUGGAAUAAAGCGUAGAUUCGCUUUUUCAUUUUCGCUCACAAACACAUACAUACUUACACAUAGUACAUAUAGACACGCAUACGACUUAGCAGCAGAGCGGGGUAUAAAUUAAACAAUUUAAGCGUGAAAAACGAAAUUUGUCCAAAAUAUUACAAUAAUUGCACAGAAGUUUCUAUUUUUCUCUUCACACUAAUUAACGCGCGCAUCAGUCAUUGGAGAAACAUGCAAAUAUUUAACAUAAUGUCACGUUAUUGCUAUAAUUUGGCUAAAAUUAUUAACAAAAAUUGUAAAAAAAUAAUAAUAGUAAUUUUUUAGAAGGAAAAAUAUAUAUAAGAAAAACUGAAAACAAUUGAAAACUAACUGUAAACAGCAUGUUGCAUAAUUUAACUUAAAUAUACAUACACACGUGCAUUAACAAAAAGCUACAUACAAACAAAUAUAAUUAAUAUAAAUAUAGAGGAAGAUAUAUAUAUUGAAGCAAACCUAAAAAAUAGAAUAUAAAAUAAAUGAAAUUAAAAUAAAAAAAUUAAAAUUAAUAAAAGCAAACAAAUAUAUACGUACAUAUAGGAAAAAUUGUUUUCUUCACAUUUUAUUUACAUUUGUUAGCGUAAUUUUUAAAAUUUAACAAAUUAUAUACAUACAAACAUAUAUAUAUGUAGGAAAAUAUCAGAAUAAUUGAUUUAACUAGUAAAAAACUAAACGAGCAUAACUGUAAGCGCGAAGCCGUGAAAACGACAGUUAAUAUUUUAAUAGAAGAAAACCAAACUAAGAAAACUUUUCUUAAAAUUCAAUAGCAGAGUCUUUUAGCAUAAUAGUACUAUAUAUACAUACAUAUAUAAUAUAUAUACAUAUGUAUGUAUAUACAUAUAUAUAUAUACAUAUAUAUUGUAUAUUCAGUGGUUAGUUAUUAAACAACAAAAAGUUACAAAAGACAAAUUCAGAAUAAACUAUUUAGCGUAACACGAAAACAAAUGCUGAAAUUCUACAUACUAAACUACAGUAGAACCUCAAUAAGCGAGACUAAGCGCGCGCAUACAAAGCAAAAUGGUGGCAAUAAGUUGAGGAAAGCAGGCGAAGAAAAGCGAACAAGUAAUCAAGUAAUAAUUCAUGUAUUGCCUAGUUUAAUUUGCAAGAGACCAAGUGUGGUAGGUGAAGAAACAAAGUAUAUGCUGGCUAAUUCACCACAGUUGAAAGCAGUGGCGAGGUGUGCGAUGAGCUGUUAAAUAGUUGUUAAGUUAAAUUGUCGAUAAAAGAAGCUGUAGUAGAUUUAAGGCAAAUGAGAAAUGUAAUGAUAAACCAAAAUGCAACAACAAGUACGCUGAUAAUGACACUAAUUGAAAAGUAAUUACAAAAACGAGCAACAUUGAAGCAAACCAGCAAACCAGCAAAGGGCAAUUGCAAUGAAAGAAUGUUGAAACAAAAAAAAAAAACACUCAAGUAAUUUUUAUUUAUUACAAGGCUCACUGUUAUUAGAACAAAUUUACAAUUUUUAAACUUAAUUACAAUCUAUUCAUUUAGUGCAUACAGAUUUCCACUCCAAAGUAAUGAAAUCGAAUUAUUAACAUUAACAACAACAACUACAAUUAGCAACAGUAACAAAUUUCGAAAAUUCACUGAAAUGCAUAUGAUAAAUAUGAAAUACGUCAAACCCAUGCAUAUUUAUAUAUAUUUAAGUGCAUAAAUCUAUAUACAUACAUAUAUAUAUACAGUAUAUACCUAGCGAAUUGUUGUAAGCGCAGUUGACCUGCGUUACUCUGACAAACCUUCGAAUGAAACCACAAAUAUUUUAAAAUCAGCUGUUGAAACUUCAAACAACACAACAAACAUGCAAGCAUACAUAUAUUUCAAGCAAAAACAAAAAUAAACACAAAAACCAAAACAAAAGACAACUUGAAAAUCUAAUAGAUCCAAAAUGUUAAGAAGAAAAAACACAAAAACCAAAUGGCGAUUCCAAAUCCAAGUGAUUAUUUAAAAUCUUUAAUCCCAAAUUAAAAUACCAAACUUCAAUAUUUACAAAAACAAAACCAA